AUGGUACGACAAACGACAAGGCCUGAUCAACUGCUGGUCAUUCAUCGUCGUCGUCGACACGGGCGACAUGCUGCUGCCACCUUCAACAUCCUCAUCAUGAGAGAGGAAUUACAACAAUUGAGAGGAGAAGAACCGGAGGAUCAGGACCCGAGGAUACGUGAUGGUGGUCGUCGUCGUCGGGGAGAUGAUGAUCGGCGUGCUGUUUUUGGAAAGGCAACAGAAAGGAUUUCAUCUGGAGAAUGGCAUGCUUUGGUCUUGGCCAAUCUCGGGUUGCUUCUGGGCCUCAUCCAGAUAUAUCAGAACCGAAAAGUUUCUCUAUUUGAAACUCGCCCCGCCGCCAUGUCCAUUUCCCUCGCAGCAUUAUGCAUCUCUGUCUUCGCACCAGCAGCACUGCUCAAAUUCAAAGCAGUGAAAGUGGACGAGGAGGAGCAAACCACAGGGCAAUUUCUCUACUGCCGUGUAAACCGCGACAUGAAUGUCCUGAUCUCAGGUGUUGUUACCCUGUCAUGCCUUGUAUCCGUCUUCGUCGCAGAUGGGCUCGUUUGGGUUGUGUUAGUCUCAUGUGCUUGUAUCGUCUCUGCUCUACUUGUGGCUUGGUGUUUCCUGUUUCUAUCCAUUUUUGGAAGGACCAAAUCCGGCCAUGGUGAAUCGGGGCUAGGAAGGGUGUAAUUCUCCAUCUUGCAACAUUUGUCAGAUUUCCACUAUCCCUGAUCCUUAUACAUACAUAUAUAAACCAAGAUAAAAUGUUAGAAAGAGCUGUAUUAUGGUCGAAUACUAGGUCUAUAGCUUAAAUAAGUGUAUGAUUUCCCUUUUUAAUCAUAUGAUCAUGUGUGAAGCAUCGCAAUACAAACCACUUAAAAGUGAUGAGAAUAUAUAGAGGUCUUAUUGUAAACUUGUUUGCCUUGUAUGUA